CUAAGCAGAUAGUGCCAGGCCAGUUCCUGGCUCUCGGAGAGCUGUUUUUCUCUUUUCCAGUAAUGAUAUGAACACACUGGAAACAAGGGAGGAAAAGCUGCCUGACUCCUUUCCCUACCUUGUCAGAGUGCUCACGGGCCACAGGGAGCUUCCAGUGGGCUCCUGUUCUGAACAAGCCAGUAGGUUAGGGGACCCCUGUGCAUGUGCCUCUGGAAGUUCCGUCCUUGACCCCCAAAUAAACCGUGAGGAGGAGACAGUUAUUCAUCCUCCUUUGCCAACAGCUGAGCCCGCUGAGGGGAGCCCGUGAGAGAUGAGGACCAAGAGAGUAGACCAUGCACUCUUUGUAGAAGAAUGGAUGUGUUAACAUUCAACCAAUUUGCAGUACUCCUCUGGAAAAAUUUUACCUUAAAGAGGAGGAACUUCAUUAGUUUAAUAUUGAAAGUCAUCGCAAUAUUGGUGAUUGCACUAGUGUUUUUGCUAUUCCGUUCACUUACUCCUAUAGAUUUUAUUGGACCUCUCAAUUUCACUUCUCAACCCAUCAGUACUCUGCCUUCUUUCCUCAAAUAUCCCAGUGAAUGGGAAUUGAUUUACAUACCUUCUAAUAUUGAUGUGGUAAAAGAAAUCACCGAGAAUGUGAAAAGGAAUCUAAACAUCAGUAUAAAAGUUCGAGGCUUUUCUUCAGAAACCGAGUUUGAGAAUUACAUUCACUAUGAUCCUGAGUCUCAAAAAGUGCUGGCUGCCAUUGUUUUUGAUUGUGACUUCAGAAACAGCAGUGACCCUCUGCCUCUUCAGGUAAAAUAUCAUCUGCGUUUUAUGAAGGUACUGAAGGCCAUUUUAUUGUCAGAUGGCUUAGGCUGGCAAACAGCAUCUCUCUUUCCUAAUGGUCUCUCUGACGGACCCAGGAACCCAUAUCAACCUGAUGGAGGAAAUCCUGAGUAUAUCAAAGAAGGGUUCCUGGCUGUACAGCAUGCAUUGGAUAAGGCCAUCAUGCUGUAUCAUGAGAGCAGUGCUGGAAAAAAGCUCUUUGAUAGUAUUAGCAUCUUUGUACAGAGAUUUCCAUACCCACUUCAUUCUCAUGAUAGCUUACUUUGGAUCAGCAGUCGUUUCCUCCCUUUGGUAUUCAUACUCACAUUCGCUCCAACCGUACUUUCCAUUGUGCGAGCCAUUGUGUGGGAAAAAGAACAAAGAUUGAAGGAAUACCAGCUAAUAAUUGGACUAAAAAACUGGAUGAUCUGGGCUACGCAUUUCUUCACAUUCUUCCUUUUAGAUAUCAUUAUUAUUGUUGUGAUAUGUAUGUUAUUCUGUACUAAGGUUGUAAAUGAGCCAAUCUUCCGCUACAGUGACUGUAGUUUUAUCUUUGUCUUUUUUGUGUGUUACGCCAUUGCUUCAAUAUUCUUUGGCUUUAUGGUUAGCACAUUCUUCAGUAACGUCCACUUUGCUGCUCCUGCUGGAAACUUUCUAUUUUUUGUCAGUUUCUUUCCAUUUAACUUUAUUUCUCAGCACUAUGGAAACAUAAUCCUCACUAACAAGUUAGCUGCCUGUCUCAGCUCAAAUGUUGCAUUUGCACUAGGGCUUAAACUUCUGCUCCAGAUGGAACUAAAAGGUGUUGGUGUUAAAUGGAAUAACCUUUGGACACCAGCCACUCUUGGAGAUAACCUCAUCUUUGGCUAUUUGUUGGGAAUGCUUUUACUUGAUGCUUUCUUGUAUGGCUUAGCUACCUGGUAUAUAGAAUGUGUCUUUCCAGGGCAGUUUGGUAUGCCCCAACCAUGGUACUUUUUCCUCAUGCGUUCAUACUGGUUUGGCGAACCAAGAAUUACAAAGAAUGAAGAAGAAAUCGAAGCCAGUAGCAGCACUGAAAGUUAUUUUGAGGAUGAACCUACUAAAUUGGUGGCAGGUAUCCAGAUCAAACAUUUGCACAAGGAAUUCAGACAAAAAACAUUAGUAAACAACUUGUCUUUGAAUAUAUAUGAGGGGCAGAUCACUAUUCUUCUGGGACAUGAUGGGGCAGGAAAGACCACAACUUUGAAUAUUCUCACAGGUCAGUAUCCUCCUACCAGAGGAGAGGCCUGUAUUAAUGGAUAUUAUAUUUCAAAUGACAUAAUUAACAUUCGAAAAUCCUUGAGCUUCUGCCCACAGCGUGACUUGCUAUUUCCUGACUUCACUGUAUCAGAACACCUUUAUUUCUACUCUGUGAUAAAAGGAAUACCUCAAAAGAUGUAUCCUAUAGAAACCGACCAUAUGCUGUCUAUUUUUAACCUGCUAGAAAAACGUGAUACAUUUUCACAGUCACUGACUGAAGGAAUGAAGCGCAAACUCUCCAUCAUUAUAGCACUUUUAGGGGGCUCCAAGGUGAUGAUACUUGAUGAACCAUCACGUAGCAUGGACCCAGUCUCAAGGAGGGUCACCUGGGACCUCCUUCGGCAGUAUAAACACAAUUGUACCAUUUUGAUGACCACCCACUACAUGGAUGAAGCUGACAUCUUGGGUGACCGCAUUGCCAUCCUGGUCAAGGGGACCCUGAAGUGUUGUGGCUCAUCAGUCUUCCUGAAACAUAUAUAUGGUGCUGGAUAUCACAUAGUCAUGAAGAGGGAACCACAUUGUGACAUUGAAGAAAUCUCUGCAAUAAUUCAUUCUCAUGUUCCAGAUGCCACUUUGGAGAAUGAUAUUGGAGCUGAAUUAUCAUAUAUCCUACCCAAAGAGUAUACACAAAGAUUUGAAGCUCUGUUUAAUGAUCUGGAAAAGAAACAGAAAGAGCUUGGCAUCACCAACUUUGGUGUUUCAAACACUACCAUGGAAGAAGUCUUCCUUAAGGUCUAUAUACUGGCACAUUUCCAAAGAAAUACUCAGCGCAUCCAGUCCCUUUCCUUGAAGAGCCGAAACAUAAGACGAGACAAGAAUCAGAAGAUGAACAUACCUAUAAAUUAUGAGAGACCAUUUUCUUCCAGCUUGAAUGACCUUGCUACUAUUAAAUUCAAUAGUGGGUUUCCACUUUACUUCCAGCAGUUUUGGUCCAUGUUUAUAAAAAGGGCACUAUUUACUUGGCGCAGUUGGAAGUUGAUGUUGCUACAAAUAAUAGUAAUUUUGGUUGUUACUACAUAUCUUUUAAAAACUCAGCACAUAACAUCUGGUUAUGACCCUGGCCGGGAAAUGGAUUUGAGUCAAUAUGGUCAAACCAUUGUGCCUUACUCAGUUUCAGGGAAUUCAAGUUUGGCUCUGGAUCUCAUAAAGAACCUUGAGAUUUUUUUAAAACCUAAGAACCAAAAACUACAGGAAGUGCAAGGUAAUAUAACAGAUUACAUAAUGGAAAAUAAAAAGUGUCUUGAAGUCUGCAUUAUUGCACUUUCCAUUAAGGUCGAAAAAUACAAAACAGUAAUUACUAUUUUGUUCAAUAAUGAGGCAUACCAUUCAGCUGCAACAUCCUUGGCGGUGUUAGACAACAUUCUUUUUAUGUCUCUUUCUGGCCCAAGUGCUUCCAUUACAGUCUCCAACAAGCCUCAACCUCAGCCUCUUUAUCAUUCUAACAUAAAACCUGCACGUGGAUCACAAGUAGUAUUAUCUUUGGCAUUUGGCAUGGCUGUUAUGGUCAGUAACUUUUGUCUCCAGACAUCAACUGAGAGAAUCAGUAAGGCAAAACAAAUCCAGUUUCUAAGUGGGGUCUAUUUACUUCCUUAUUGGCUCUCUGCUUUGUUGUGUGAUCUCAUCUACUACUUCCUUCUCUGCUGCUUACUAGUGGGAGUAUUCAUAUGUUGUAGAAUGGAUGCCUUUGUUGUGGAAUACCACUUUCUGGAUGUGAUGUUGAUCUUUAUGCUGUACGGAUGGUGCGCUAUUCCUCUCAUGUAUCUUGGAAGCUUCCUGUUUUCUAGUAGUACUGCUGCCUACAUCAAGCUCACGCUCUUUAACUACUUUUCAACCGUUUUCAGUCUUGUUGUUCACAAGUUAAUAAAACACAAUGACAAGGUGUUUUCUAAUUUCACCAAGAACUUGAUAAGAAAUAUAUUCAUGAUAAUUCCUAAUUACAACUUUGCAAUCAGUCUCAGCAUGUUAUUUGAUGACUUUGAGGUGAAAAGACUGUGUGCCAAACACUUUCGAAGCGCCUACCUGAACUGCAGUAAGCCAUUUACCCAGAACAACAUAUAUAGUUUUGGAGAACAUGGGAUUGCAAAGUUUUUGAUUGCAUUUGCUGCCAUGGGUUUAUUUUAUCUCCUCUUACUUUUGUCUCUGGAGAUUACAUUCUGGAACCUGAAAAACUUUGUCCUUCAUAACAUUGUUUAUAAUGCCUACAAGAAAUUCAUAAAGUUCCAGGCUGUAGUGUCCAACAAAGUAAUCAAGAAAUAUGGGGAUGAAGAUACAGAAAAUGAAAGGAAGAAGGUCCUGGAACUGCUUCAAACAUUACAGGAAAACCCAGUGCUUCUUAAAGAACUUACAAAGAUCUAUUUUAAGUGUCCUGUAGUAAAAGCUGUAAGAAACAUCUCCCUUGUAGUCAAUAAGUCAGAGUGCUUUGGGUUACUUGGAUUAAAUGGAGCUGGAAAAACCACUGUAUUCAAAAUGUUGACUGGAGAGGAGACCACCACGUCUGGAACUGUGUUAAUUAAUGGCAUUAGCAUCACUGAAAAUAUCAGAAAGGUUAGGUCAAGAAUUGGCCAUUGUCCUCAAUCUGACUGUGUGCUGAGCCACAUGACAGGUCGGGAAUUGCUGAUCAUGUAUGCUAGGUUAUGGGGGGUCCCUGAGCCUAGCAUUUACAAAUAUGUGGAAGCCUUUUUGUGUUCAAUGUGCCUGAAAACCCAUGCUGAUGAGUUUGUCUACACAUACAGUGGAAAAAGCAAGCGUAGGCUGUGUACUGCUAUUGCCCUAAUGGGAAAGCCUUCAAUUAUCUUCUUGGAUGAGCCAUUAGCUGGCAUGGACCCAAUAGCCCGGCGCCUACUCUGGGACACAAUUACAUGGAUGUGUAAAACUGGUAAAACUAUCAUCAUAGCUUCCCACAGCAUGCGAGAAUGUGAGACCUUGUGUACUAGGCUGGCCAUCAUGGUAAAGGGGAGGUUCACAUGCCUAGGCAGCCCUCAGCACCUCAAGAACAAGUUUGGUAAUAUAUAUACUCUGACAGCAAAGAUUAAGACUAAUACAGAUGAAGAUAAAGUAGAGGAGGAGUUUAAAGAAUUCAUCAAAACAACUUUCCCAGGUAGCAUGAUAAACCAGGACUGUCAAGGGAUUAUUGGCUACUACAUUCCCAGCCAGGAAAUUCACUGGGGAAAGGUGUUUCGUGUUUUGGAGGAAGCUAAAAUUCUAUUUCAUGUAAAAGACUAUUCUGUCCGUCAGAUAACAUUGGAACAAAUCUUCCUGACUGUUGCUAAUACUGAUAAAAUGGAAAGUGAUUUAUUAAUAAAGCUGCUUUGAGAUUCAGUUCCAACCAGCAA